GAAACUCGCGGUGCAGCAAACAGUCAAGGAGGAAGAAGGCGAGGUUGCUCCCAAGGAUGGAGUGGUCGUCUUGGUGCAUCAACAGUAUUGGGGGAACAUACCGUACAUUACUCAGCACAUCGCCGCAAGCAUCUUUAACUUUGGAGGCGGAUUCAUCCAAAACAAAACUGACCGGAUCAUCGUGCGAAGCUGUCCGAACCUGCAGCAACUCUUAGCCCACCUCCAAAAGUGGCUGCGCUGGUCGGGCACCAUCCUCCUGAACGAUGGCCAAAAGAUGUCCACGUGGCAAUAUGCCCACUUCUGCGAGAAGCAGGGCGUCCCGGCCCUGGGCUUGGUUCCUGACGAAGAUGUCAAUGAUGCCACAGUCAUUAAGGACCUCAUGCUCUAUGCCCUGAACCUGAAAGCUGAUACGACGGCAUCGCUGCUUCAGCUGGCCACUCAAUGCAUCUACAAGGCAACGAUGACAACGGCCGUGAUCAGGGCCGUGUCCUCCAAACCCGUCAACUCGGAGUUUGAGCGACAAAGCAUGCAUCAGAAGGCUCGAUUUCUAUGCAGCCUCGCCUUGCUGGACGAUGCAAGUCAAGCCAGGCUCAAUCAUUGGGUCACGACGAACGCGCAUUUCAAGGUCUUAUGCCGGAUACGAAAAGAGCUCGGGAAGACGCAGGAUUCAGUGUUCAUCCGCUCGCGAGCUUUCAUUGCAGUUAAGGCAGCCGUCCCGGCGGAUGGUGCAUGGCACAGCUGGGACAGCAUCCUGGGGCCGGAUGGCCCUCUGGCGGCCUUCUGGAAAGACGUGAAGAGAUGGGUGGACGACAGGUUUAACCUCACUGCGCCCUCAGAGUGGCACGCCGUUCCGGAGGUCAUGGCCAUGGUGAUGAGUACUUGCGGCAACGUGGAGGUGGACCUUCUCAAGGGCAUUCUACGGAAGCAGGCUGCUCCCGAACCUCCGCCCCCGGAGAAGCCGAAGCCCCCCCCGUGGGCGGCAUCAGAGGAAAAGACAGCUGGCACUGCUGCCGCUUCUUCCGAAGUGGACGACAGUGCAUCGAGCUUGACCAUUGCCGAGAGAAUCGAAGACGCCGUUCUCGAGCUGUACAAGAUGUCCAAGAAGAGCCAAGACGAAUUCCUUGACCCGAAGGAGGUGAAGGAGCAUCUUAAGCUGAGGCUGAAAGACUUCAACCAGCUGCCGUCGGACUUUGCCGAGAACAAGCACACCUUUGAAACGCCGAAAGGUGGCGGUGUCCGGAUAAGGCUGGAGAAAGGAGCCUUCCUGAAUGCAGAGAUCCGAGCGAUGGAGCGCGAGAACGCCGCAGAAAGAAAGGGAGAGAUGACGGUUUGCACAACGGUACUUCCGCAGCUGUCGCCAGAUCGGCUUCCAAAAGUCCUCAAGAAGAAGGAGAUGUGCGGCCUCAUGGUCCUGAUGGGUGAAACGAAGGGAUGGCAAACUGGCAUCCCAUCGUCAAUGCUCAAGCUUCUCCUCGCGGAUAAGCAAGACAACAAGCAAUUGCUGCUGGAGAUGACCCCCUUCCAUGCAGCACACUUGAUGCGUUCCAUUGUCAGCUGCGAGAAGGUGUGCGACAACAAGUUCCAUCCUGAGUCGCUCUGCACGCUCGUGCAGGUGGCAGCCAUGGACAUCAUGAUAGACAGCAAGCAGCCGCCCCGAUGCCGAGCGCCCCUUGCGAUUGUCAGGGACAGCGUGAGGGCGGCUGCCCAGAAGGUCUUCGUGACAGCCCUGAAGGCGAAAAAGCCUGAGAUCAUGAGGCAGUUUUGGGGCUUGGCAUGCUGUCGCGCCCAGAUGGAGGCCUCAGCUGGCAACCACUUCUUGUCGAGCUACAGCUCCUUCACUUGCUUCGCGGAGUUCAUGCAAGCCAUGGCAAACCUCUACAGCAGUGCGAAGGAGCUCUUGAAGACAGAGGUCGACGUAGCCAAGCAGACACUGACCCGGCUGCGCAACGCCUGCGAGCUGUUGUCGAAACAGGAAACCAUACAGGGGACGCCUAUAGCCGACCCUGAGGGCCUCUCCAGGCUCGUGUGGGUUUUCGCAAACUUCGCGCCGGAACUGGGUGAAGAGACCAGAGAGGACGUGGUCAAGCCGGCUUUGAAGCACAUUGAAAAGAGCAUUCUCCAGUGUCGCUUCUGUGACAGUGGCUGGUCAGUGCACAUCCUCUGCACGCUGCUCGUCUCCUAUCGGCAGGCCGGCGCGCCCUGCGAGGAGCUCUUGCACAAAGUUGCCUCGGCCUUGCGCGAGCGGGCGGGCAAGAAAGAGACAGAGUUGAAGCGAGCUGAUGUGGUGAGGAUCCUGCAGGCCUACAGGGAGUCAGGACUGCACCAGAUCUUGGACAGCUUCCUACAGUCACUCCAAGAGAAGCAGUGGUUCAAGCACCACCUGAAGGAUGCAGGGAAGGAAGAGAUUCCGAUCCUCCUCGCCGCGAUGCUUCGUGUGAAAGACGACGCAGCUUUUGAGGACUUCGAGCGGUACAUCCAAGGGAGCGACAAGAUGAAGGAUUAUUCUCUGUCUCACCUCACCGUGUUGAUGAAGGAGCUCCAGGGGCGGCAAUCCGGCAAACGCGGGACAAACGCCAGAGAGCAGCUGUGGAAGUCUGCUUUGUCCGCCUUGAACCGAACUAAGACAGCGGCCCCGGGAGACGUCGAGGCAAUGCUGGAGGUGGCGGCAUCCGAAGCAGAGCUCUGCAGCCUCAGGGAGUGGUGCUCGCAAGGCUGGCGACUGGAUUCCAUCCCGAAGCCAGAGCUUGGUUGGGAGGGGCUGGCGGAUGCCUUCCAACGAAUGCUUGGCCCCUUUGCGCACGCGAAGGAGCGCGUGGAGCGAUUGGAGGCCGCUUGCGCGGGACGCCUCCUGCUGUUCAUCAAUCGGCACUCUUCCGCAUCCUCCAGCAAGCCCCGCUCGCCGUCCGUCAAAGACGUGGCCCCGGCUGCUUUGGAGAUCCCGGCGGAAGCACUGGCUGGCAUGCCGGCGGUCACCGCUCUGCUUUCAGAAGUUCUUGACAAGGAUGUGCCUCAGCAGGAUAGCAAUGACAAGGACCUCUUCUUGAAGUUGGUGUCGCACCUACUGGAUGCUCUCAAGCCCACGACUAAAGCACAUCGUGAUCAAGAGCUCGAGAAGUGGGUGGAGAAAGCCGAGGCGGUGGUAGCUGAUGGCAAGCCUGGCGCCACGCGGCAGCUGAGCGCAGUCGAGGUGCUGAUGCAGCAAAAGGAGGAAGCGAGCCAACAGAAAGCGAAGGAGGCGCUGGGCCAGAGUUGGCUGAAAAUCCUUCUCGCGAGGAGCCGGAAGACGACGUGGGCCGGUGGAGACACCGUCCAAGCUGAAGCGCCACGCCCACAAGCAACUCUGCGCGGCCUCGCGAAGACUGCAAAAAGCAUCCUGGGACCGCUGGAGAGCCAGGUGCUCCUCCUCAAAGAGGAAGCCGUCCCCCAGCCCAAGCCGGAAGUGAAAAAGCCAGCGCCGGCAUGGCCCGGUGCAGGCGCAUCGCCGGCCUCGAGCUCCAAGCGUCCAUGCACAGAGCUGGCGAAGUUGGAGAAACCACCACCGCCCAAGCGAGCUCCGAAAGGGUCAGUGGCCACGGCCUUGGCUUGCAAAACUGGAGCGCAGGUCGUGCUUUCCGUGGUUGACGCGCAGAACAAAAACUUGGUGGACAUGGUGGAAGGCCGGUACUGCCGCGAAUCGACACACCAUGGCCGCGACGUUUUCAAGCGGGCGGAAACGGACAAAGACAAGGAGAAAGCCAAGGAGAACGGCCAGAAUUCAUCGAACUCAAUGUUUCUUUACUUCUGGGACGACACCAUUGAUGGAGAGGCCGAAGAUCGAGGAUGGUGGUUUGGAACUGAAGUUGGCGGCGCACAUGUGGCGCGGCAGCAGUCCCGGACAGGGAAAGUGGUAUUCUGGGUGAGGUAA